AUGCACAAAGAAAGUGCUUUUUUACCCCUGAUCUUCUUCAUCAUAUUCUACCAACAAACAACAGUCACAGGCUUCCGACAACAAUCUGUUGGUGUCCGAGGUCGUCUUCUAUGUGGUAAUCAAAGCACGGAUGAUCAAUUAGCAGCAAUGAAGACGAAUGCAGACGGGAGUUACGAGUUAAAAGGCGGCAUUGGAGCAAUCUUUGGGCUGGAUGUCGUUUUGAAAAUUUAUCAUGAUUGCGAUGAUGGAAUCAUGCCCUGUCAGAGGAAAGUAGUGCUCGGUAUUCCGGAUGACUAUGUCACUCGUUCGAAUGAUGUGGAGCAGUGGUUCAAUGCGGGAAUACUGAACAUGCAAUUCAAAUUUCCAAAUGAAGAACGAAGCUUUUCACCAGUAAGAUUUUCAUCAGAUCGAGUUUUCUACAGACGUCCAUCAGUGCUUUAUUUCAAUCGCUGUAAGGAUGUCGCUCAUUUUUACGUAGUCGGCCUUGGUAUUAUGCCAGUGAUUUUGCUCCUUGGAUUUAUCCAUAUCGUAUAUGGACCCUGUGAAUUACAAGAUUUGCCAACGGAUGGAUCGGUCGUUCAUUAUUGGCAGUUCGAAAGAACGAAGCUGAAACAGUGGGCGGCAAAAUAUCUCUGCCCAUCAGAUAUUGAGCAGUACGAACGUAACCUUGCAAAAAUCGAACAACGUGUAGAGCAUUUGCAAGGUGAACGUUGGGAUUACAAAGCAUGGUGGUAUGAACCAGUUUCGGCCGCAUGGACCGAUUACGGAAAAUGGAUUGCAGAAAGGAUGAGACAUCAACCUUCCGAAUUUUAG